AUGGCAAGAAAUUCAGAGAAGGCUAUGGCCAUGCUGAAUAGAUGGCAUCAAAUGAAGCAUAACAUUGUCGUAGGAGUGAAAGGUAGACGUCCGCGAAGAACAGAAGACUCGGAUAAUAUUAAAGAAUGUGAAUAUUGGCGUCAUCAAAUUAUUCGAGAAAUUACUCAGAAAAUUUCGGAAAUCCAAAAUGCUGCUUUAGGAGAAACACGAUUACGCGAUUUAAAUGAUAAUAUAAAUAACCUUUUAAAUGAAAAACAAAGAUGGGAAACACGAAUCAAAGAUUUAGGAGGACCAGAUUAUUCAGUUACAUCGGCACGUUUAUCGGAUGCUUUAGGAGAAGAACUUGUGUCAACUUCCACGUCUGGAUAUAAAUAUUUUGGAGCUGCUAAAAAUUUGCCUGGUGUACGAGAAUUUUUCGAAAAAGAUUCAUCAAGUACGACUGAACGCAGAACACGGGCUCAAAUUUAUCGAAACAUUACACCAGAUUAUUAUGGCUGGCGGGACGAAGAGGAUUCGGAAUUACUUGCGUUAGAGAAAAAACGAGAGGAAGAACUUCAAGUUGAACUAAUGCAAGCCUGGCGAGAUAAUAACCAAUUGAAAAGUACAUGAAACAGAGACGUUCUUGUUUUAUUGUUUUAAAAAAAAAAAA